UGCCGGCUCCGCUAUCAACUCGUAUAGCAAAACAGAAAACAGAAUAAAUACGAACUGUCAACGUCCUCGUUUGUCUACUUGUCAAAUCAUAUAUUAAUCAAUCGCGGGUCCAUUUAGUAUUAACACUCAGAAUGGUUCAAGAAAAACUCGACAACAAGCUAGUGGUGCUGCUGGUUUUGCUUCUGGUCGCGUGUCUCUCACAAAGUGCCAAUUGCAGACCCUCCUCCUCCGGUGCCGGGGACGCUGAGUCACAGACCAGGCUGCAGGUCGAUCCCAGCGAGUAUCCCGGCAAUUUGACCCCAGAGACCAUUCGCAAGGUGCAACAGUGCGAAAUGGAUCAGGCAACAAUGGAACUAUGCAUGCGCUGUGCCAAGGUCACCAAAUCGGAGAUCAUAUAUCCCAUGUGCUGCAACAAUGAUGAUCGUGUCAAGGAUUGGUGUUAUGACUACGUUUUCUAUGGCAACGACACCGAUGGCAACUGAACUCAACUCAACCCCUGAUUUGGGUGUUGAAUUAACUAGGAUACUUACUUCUGCCAAAUUCUAUUCUAUUCUAUUCCUGCGGACACUGCGGAUCGAUUGGCUGUGAUAUAAAAGGCAAUAUUAAUGUUUAUACAUAUUAACAUAUACAAUACCAUAUUUCUAGCUAGUAAUAAAUCCAAUUUUUGCGCUCUGAGCUGCAUAAGAACUUAAAAAACGGAUCGACUUUUUAUUGCAAAUAUUGUUUUCAAGUAUUCUCAAGAACAAAGAUCAAUCAAACGGCGAAAUUACUGAAAAAAUGUCUAUCUGUAUAUUGCAAUGAAUCGACCGUCUCAUUUUACUCUCAUUAUACCCUGUAACCAUUAAAGGUGGGAACAGUAGACAUUUCAAAGGAUUCUUGUGUAUUGUUAAUAUAAGAUAAUAUAACUUUCCUCGUGACUGCCCUGCAUAACUUUACUUAAGAAAUUUGAUGUAAACAAUUCUACUGACUGCAAUAACUAACCAAAACAGAAUUAAUUUGAGUAAAAUAUAAUUUUUAUUAAUAUGCACUAUAAA